AAAACCGGCUUAAUUGAGAGACAACGAGAGCACAACCUAUUGGUCGGCCGGAAAUCAUUUGAAAGCCAAUACGAUUACAUAGUGGUCGGGGCGGGCAGUGCCGGGUCUGUAGUGGCCGCGAGACUCACCCAAAAUGCCGACAUAAAUGUGCUGCUGAUAGAGGCGGGUGGGCCCGAGUCGGUGGUGUCAGACAUGCCGGCGAUGACCACAUCGUUGUGGGGUUCGCAUAUGGACUGGAGUAUAGCCAUCGCAGCCCAGGCCAACUCUUACAGGGCCUACCAGGGUUAUUAUGGUCGAUUGAGCCAGGGCAAGGUGAUAGGCGGCUCGUCCACUAUCAACGCCUUGGCCUACGCGCGGGGUUUGCCUCAAGACUAUGACGAUUGGGAUCAAGUGUUUGGCGCCAAAGGCUGGAAUUGGAGUGAAGUUUUGCCACAUUUCAAGCGCUCGGAGGAUAAUAGUGACCACAAGUUGAGCGAUAAAUAUCAUGGUUUUGAUGGUCAGCUUACUGUCGAGUCCAUUGACAAUCCGCGGCUAAUCCACAGGACUAUGAUGUCGGCCACCCGUGAGUUGGGUUACGAUGAGAUUGAUAUGAAUGAUCCGACCAAUGCUGGUCCCGGAGCUGCCAUUCAGCAAAGGACCGUCAGUGUCACAAAGGAUGGCAGCCGGUGCUCAUCUGCCACAGCAUUUCUACGGCCAGUCAUAGAUCGGCCAAAUCUGCAUAUAAUGGCCAACACUUUGGUCACAAAAAUCAAUUUCGAUGACAACCGGACGGCUGUGUCGGUCGACAUAUACAGAGACGGACAGCACUCGACAGUGAAGGCCAACCAAGAGAUUAUUGUCAGCGCCGGUGCUGUCAACACACCUAAACUCUUGAUGCUGUCCGGUGUGGGACCCGGAGCUCAUCUCAAAUCACUUGGCAUACCAGUGGUGGCCGACCUCCCCGUCGGUGACAAUUUACACGACAAUCCCAUAGCAUUUGGCAUUCAUUUUACGCUAAAUACGAGCAAAGAGUCGGCGGAAGUGUUGGAAAGUGAUGUCUCCGAGUACUUCCUCGAAGGCAAGGGUCGGUUGAGUCGCUUCGAGAAGUCAGUGCUCAGAAUGAGGACGAGUGCGGCCGCGGAUCAGAGACCAGACGUGCAGAUAUUCGCCGACACCGGAAGUUUGGCCGAUAUUCCCGACGCCCAGAGCGCCCACCAGUCGCUCAACUUGAAGCCCGACGUUUGGCACGAGUUUUAUUGGCCAUUCGCCGGCCGAUCGACCGUAACGUUUGUGCCUUUACUGAGUCGACCGCUAAGUCGCGGUACUGUACGGCUGGCCAGCGCUCGGUUCGCCGACCAGCCGGUCGUUGAUCCCAAUUAUUACGAUAACCCGCGCGAUAUCCGGUCGAUGGUUGAGGGCAUGAAAGUGGGCUGGAGUUUGGGCCAAACUCAGGCAUUUGUUCGCACGUUUGACGCCAAACCUUUUCACAUACCUGUGCCCGGAUGUCAAUCCCAUUGGCCAUCAGAGAGCUCACUAUUUGAGGCCACUUUCACGCCCAGCGAUGUCUACUUUGAAUGUGUGGCCAAAACGCUGACCAAUUCCUAUACACACCUGUCGGGCACGUGUCGUAUGGGCGCCGAGAGUGACCCGAAAGCGGUGGUCGACCCGCGGCUACGGGUUGUCGGUGUCGGCCGACUGCGUGUUGUGGACGCGUCGGUUGCGCCCCAAUCGCCGUCCGGUGCUCUCUAUGCCGGCGCUCUUAUGAUCGCCGAAAUGGGCUCACAAUUCAUACUCAAUGACUAUAAGACGAGUGCCGCUCAUGAAUGCCAUAGAGAGCCGCAAUCGUUGACAUCUAAUUCAUAUAUCGAUACCAAAUUU